ACAACCAUGUGGACGUUUCAUAAAAAAGCCAAAGAGUAGGUGCUCUGUAUUGUGAAACUCCAUUUAUGCGAUCUGUGAUUUGCUCUUGUGUCCUGAUGUUUGGUAAUGAUUACCGAAUAGCGUUUUUUAAACUUAUUUUCCCACAUACUCUACUGAAAUAAACGAGGGUGUUCCAGCCCGAACCACAUCCCUCCGAGCUGAGAACAUGCCUGCUGGGGUGUCGUGGACUCGCUACCUGAGGAUGUAUGGAGCAAGCAUGCUGGCACUGUUUGCAGGGGCGCAGGUGGUCCACCAGUACUACUUACCAGACUUGAGUAUACCGGAGACGCCGCCAAAGCCUGGCGAGCUUCGGACGGAAUUGCUCGGCUUCAAAGUCCGUGAAGAAAUGACGGCGGCCAUUGAACAGCGACUGGAGGGCAAACAGAAGCUGGACUGAUGUGGGGACGUAUUUGAUAGGACGGAUGCUGAAUCAUCACAACUUUGUCGUUGGCUGCAAAAUGACUGUUUGAGCUGUGUCUCCAAAGGGAGUACUUUUGUCCAGUACACUUUAAUAAGUGAUCAAGAUGGCGAUGAUUGAUGGCUGCACACUCGCCAUUUGGGGCACUCUCAGUGUGAAUGCAGCCGUGCAAUACAAAAAUGCGAAGUGUAAGUACGGGAGUGCACAGAUUCAGACACAGCCUCGAUGUUUAUUUUUACCUGCACUCUCACACCUUCCAUUUCUUGGUAAUGCAGGAGAAACGUUGCUUAUAGGCCAUCGCAGUAAAGCCACUAAAUUAAUAUAUAUGUUCAAAGAUGUCCUAAAUAAAUGAAAUCACUAUUUUA